ACUCCACAAGAGAUGGAAGACACGGAGCCAUGGUAUUCUCAGCAAGUGUACGCAAGAUACUGGAGGCACUAUGACUUCGCCAUGCGCUGGUUGCGUAGGCACCAGAAAGCCUACAGGAAGGCCAUGGAGUCCUUUUAUCACCUACCACAGCAUCCUUCUGGAGCCUCUUCAAGCAGCCGCUACUCAGAUUGGGAUGGGAAUGAUCUCCCACGUACCCACAACUAUUCUUCCAGCUGUAGCCCACAUGGCAGAGCUCAGUACCGUGGGGGAGCUCGGCCAUACACAGAUGCCCAGCAAGGGAGGGAGGAUGCCCAUAGGGGCUCCGAAAUGGAAGAGGACGACUCUGAGUCUGAAGGAGAAAUAGAAUAUGACUUGAGUAACAUGGAAAUCACAGAGGAGCUUCGUGAGUUUUUUGCACAGACGGAGAGACACCGGGAAGAGCUGCGGAGACAGCAGGAGCUGGAGGCUGAGUACCAGUACGUGGAGGCUGAUCAAGACCUUCACAGAAGGACGGAGCGUUCUGUGCAGCCACCUGCAGAAAGACCUGGGGAGAGGCGAAUGGCAGAAAUGAAGAAGCUGUAUGGUGAUGAAGCUGCCAAAAUCCAGGCAAUGGAGGCUGCCAUGCAGCUUAUCUUCGAUAGAAACUGUGACAAAAAGCAGCCCAAAUACUGGCCCAUUAUUCCCCUUAAGCUGUGAGUACCUGGGCUGUGCUCUGACCUGGCACAGAGC